AUGAAAGAACCCCAAGAAUCUAGAAAUAGACCAGAGAGCCCCAGGAAUCCAUUCCGUACCCCAAGAAGACCCAGUCCGCAUGGUCCAACAACUGCCCUGAAAAGCACCACUGCGAAACGGAACAGAUCACCAGACUCAUCGACACACGCAAGCACUCGCCAGCGAACAUCGCUCCCACAGGUCCAAUCAACCCUCACACAGAUUGAAUUCGUGACACAACCCUCAGCGCCGGGUGAUGACCACCUUGACUAUAUCGAUGAACAUAUACAUCGUGAUAAGAAGGAUGACACAACUGAUCGCCCGAGGAUAGACGAUGGGUCCGACAAGGAUUCAGACUAUCUCCCGGCGCCACCGGUCCGAUCGGCGCGUAUUUCGACAUUCAAAAUGAGUCAACGAGAGCGCGAUUCGAGUGAACACCCGCAGAAGCGAAGAGGCUCUGGUAUAGCCAAUCGAGAUGCAGAUCGAAGUCAUGGGCUACGAAAGAACGAGACACCAAGGGCGAGCGCUCGUCCUAAAGGUGGCCGGAAAUCUUUGGAAAAAUCAACGGUAAAACGAGAUAAGACCUUAACUCAGAUGGACUUUGUACGCCGUUACAUUACCAUCGAUGAUGAUGACGACGUGAACAUGGGUUAUAUCCAGCCGACACCGCAGAAGCAGGGUAUGAAAAACGAACAAGAUCCUACACCGAAACCGAAUAUAUCACAGACCGCCAGACACUCUAUCCCUGCCAAGCGAAAGCGCAGGUUCUUGGAAGAAGAGCUGGAUCUCUCAACCGGGGAACCUAUAUCUCAAUCAACGGAAGCGCCGGAGUCAAAUCCUAGAGAUGGGGAUGAGCGGGCAUUUAUAGCACCUGUCACACCACAGAAGUCCCGCAUCCGCGAGAUUCCUUCUUCGCAGACACCCGAAAGCCCUGGCCUUGCUAUUAUAACAUCAUCUCAAUUCCGCAGCGCUACUCGCUCGCCUUCAAAACAGAAAUCUCGAAAUAUCGCAAAUAAUUCCAUUCAGCACAUCAAAGAAGAACCAGUGGAGAUCCGACGAGUAGUAGAAGAUUCACAGGAUCUUGAAGACGGAUCUUUGCCACAGCCAACAACGUUUGACUCCCCAAGCAGGCAUGACCGAUCAACUUAUAUUGCAGCGGCAACCAAAGACGAGGAGUUGCCUUCAUCUGCACCUGCAACAGAAUCAACGUCACAGCAAACCCCCCACACUGGCAACACGUUGAGAUAUGAACGCACCAAGAGGGAAAGGACGGUCAUCUAUGAAACGGACGCUGAUUCAGAAUACGGAGAUUUUGACGAAUGUCUCAACGAAGACCCCCUGACACCAUCUCCAAAGAAGACACCCCGGGCAUUCAAUCUCCAGGCGAGUUCGCAGGCGACCCAAAUCAGCACAGAAUGGGCCAAGGAUGAUUCUCAAAAACUCCCUCUGCCAGAUGUUCAAUCGAGCCCUGGGUUGGAUGAUGCUCCGGCAUCUGAAGGUCCAAUGUCUGAUGCAUCGAUUUGCUACCAGAGAAUGCAUGCAGCUACACAAUUCCCUCACGAGCCAAUCCCACUCUUGAAUACACAAAAGAUGUCUGAGCUCUUCCCCCACGAAGGCAGCACCCAGUUUCCCAAACCAAGUGCAUCAAAGUCUGCUCUUCGAAACCAGGCACCGGGACCUUUUUCACAGACACCAACACAGAGUCAGGGAGGCGACAAAGAGUCGACUGAAAUGGUCCCCGAAUCAUCCCCUGUCCGUGAAGAAAAUGGAAAUGAGUCGGGCGAGCCUUCAUUUCAGCGACCACAUGCGCCUGGGUCAGUGGUUCAAGUUGAGUCCUCGCAAGCAGUGGACCGAGACUCUCAUUGGCAGGGCCAAGUUCUUACUCGGAGCCAGCUUCUAACAUCAAGCGUCAUGGAGAGUGUUCCGCUCCCAAAUUUUUGGAUGGGAAGUCAGGAUAGUGUAGGAGAGCCUUACUGCCUACCUGAAGGAUGA